UGCUAUAGUAUCAUGGGGGACGAAUCUGCUUCAUACAUACACAUGGUGCAGCACCUUAUAGAGAAAUGUCUCAUCUUCCGCAUGACCAAAGAAGAGUGCAUGGAAGCCCUCUCCAAUCAUGCAAACAUCAAGCCAGUCAUCACUUCCACUGUGUGGAAGGAGUUGGAGAAAGAGAACAAGGAAUUCUUCGAGGCUUAUAACUCUCAAUCUCAUGAGUGGAAAGAAAAUCGAAUGUCGGCGGCGGAGACGACGGAGAUGAUUCAAAAGAUGAUAUCUGAAUCUGAUCAGAAGCACCAAAAAGAUCCCGACGACUGAUAUAUGCCAUUGAAAACGAUCUUACCUUUGAGUUCUGGUUGGCAUAUGGAGCGUUAGGUUAGGUUAUGAGUUAUGAACUCAUAAAAUAAUACUAAUUCUUCACAACCAGCCAAACUCAAAGACACUAUACUACCUAUGUGGGGUUCCCUACUCAAAUGAGUCUACGGAAGGGAUACUAUGUGGUCCCACCUAUGAAAGUAUGCCAAGUCACCCACCAUGUAGAUAUAUAGAUUACCCUUGUUGCAUUAUUCACCAACUGGUAGUGACCCAAAUAAUCCCUUUAGAAUCGUGGGUUUGUCAUGUGGGCAAUUGUCCAUUGGGUGAAUUGUGGAGAAUGGUAUUAGUCGGGUCGAUGUUAGGAUCCUACCCGUAUUAGAUUCUCUCAAUUGUAAGUGUUCUAGAAUGUUAAUCAUGUGUAUUAA